CCGCCAGGGGGCGCCAUAUGCGGGGCGGCGGCGGUGCCGCCAUGGCGGCCGCCUUCAAAACUGUGGAACCAUUGGAAUAUUACAAAAGAUUUUUGAAAGAGAACUGUCGACCUGAUGGAAGGGAGUUAAGUGAAUUCCAGGCAACCACUGUCAACAUAGGUUCAAUUACAACUGCAGAUGGUUCUGCCCUGGUGAAGUUAGGAAGUACCACGGUGAUUUGUGGAGUGAAAGCAGUAUGGAACUUGCUGCACCUGCAGCAGAUUCUGCUAAUAAGGGAUAUAUUGCUUGCUUGGGUGUUAUACUGUGAUAUCAUAUGUCUGGACUAUGAUGGAAACCUUUUGGAUGCCAGUGUCUUUGCUUUGUUAGCAGCAUUAAAAAAUGUACAACUGCCAUCGGUUAUUAUACAUGAAGAAACUGGUUUAUCAGAAGUGAAUUUAAAACAGAAGACUCCUUUGAUUAUCAGAAAGCAUCCAGUUGCCACAUCAUUUGCUGUAUUUGAUGACACAGUACUCAUUGUUGAUCCAACUGCUGAAGAAGAAGAUUUAGCAACUGGAACAGUAACCAUUGUCACUGAUGAAAAAGGCAGAUUAUGUUCUGUCCAUAAACCAGGUGGAAGUCCUCUUACAGGAGCCAAGCUUCAGGACUGUAUCACCAGAGCAGUUACAAGACACAAAGAAGUAAAGAAGCUGAUAGACAAAGUAAUAAAAAGUAUAAUGCCCAAGUGAACAAAAGGAGAGAGCUUUUCAAAAAUGGAUUUGUAAAAAUUGUAUUUGUUACAGUGUUCACAAACCUUUUAUACUAAAUAAACAAAUACCAAUACUACCUUUACAAA